ACUGAAGACACUUUUUAUUAAUAUAGAUUGUCGAUAGAGGCAGGAGUAGCUACCCUGAUACUGUAGCUCGUCUGCUCACUUCCUGCACAUGGCAAGCUGCUGCUGCAUUAAGGGAAGUGGAAAUCAAUAGCCUACUGAGGACAAGUUAAACUUGGAAAUGGUUUUGAAAAAGAAAAAAGAGAUCAAAGUUGAUGUCUUGACACUUGAUGGGCCCAGUCUUGAGAAGCUUAGAGCUUUUGCAGAUGACAAGGAACAAAAUUUGCCAUCUCUCAUCUGUCAGUGUUUACAGCUACAAGAUGGAGUUCAGCAAAUCCACUGCAUCAAAAAGAUUGUUCCUCUCUUGGAAAACCUACACAGCAGUACUGCUGGCACUGAAGUCCUCCGCUGCUGCUUGACUGUCCUGGCUGAAAUGUUUUUUGCAGUUAGUGCCAAGAAUCCCCUGAAAAAGGUUUUGGCAAGCUUGUUAGUCAGCGUUCCAGAUCUGUGUAAGAAAGAUGCGGCUUACUCGUUUACCUGCUGCCUAAGGAACGACAUCACGGUGGAAGACCCAGAACACUAUAGGAAAGCAGUGGGCAGUUUGACAUCGUGCAUGGAGAGCUUCUGCCUGGGAAGCUUGUGCGUCAGUAAUCUGUUUCAGGAUGUACUUCGAUUCCUGGUAAAGGUUUUGCAUACAUUUCAAAGUCAAAACAAGAGAGUCCUUGGUGACGGACUUGCUCAGACCCAGCUCAUGCACGACCUGCUGGCAGCUGUUAAACUGUCUAUGGUGGUGAUACAGAAAUCCCAAGUGCCUGCACAGGAGUCUCUUCAGGCGGAUGUGUAUUCACCGUUGUGGAAGGCUAUGUGUGACCUUCUGUCCUGCUUCACUGACAUCUUAUUGGAUGAUGACCUGUUGCAAAAUAUUCAAAGUACCUCUGGGAUGGCUGCCAUUCUCUACCUGAAGACCAUGCUUGGGGACUGUGACAUCCUCACCAAGCUGGUGAGUGACCUGAUCAUGCAAUCUCUGGACCCUGUGGAUGCACCUGAUUGGUUUAUUGAGUGCUGUGGUUCUCUCUGUAUGGAUCUGCCAGACAAUGCACUGAUCUUUCUGUGCCAGGGAGUCCUGGCUAUGCUGGAGUGGAAAGGAGGAAAUCUAGGCCAGGGAGGGGAGAACCUUCUUCUUAACCUGCUUAAAGUUCUGCUGUCUCUUAGUUCACGCCUGAGAGAGUCAAGCACAGCCUUGUUUCUGUCUAGGAUUCUAGCCCUGUGGACACUUUCGGCCAUAGAUCUUCUGGGCUCGUGCUCAAGAGAUCUGAAAGACUAUCUUAACGGUGGCUCAAGCUCCCUGUCCAAUCUUCUAGAAUAUGUAUACGUACACUGGGAACACCCAUUGGACGCCGUCCGACAUCAAACCAAACUCAUCUUCAAAAACAUCCUCCAGAUACAUCAAGGAGCUGUGGUCAUGCCGGACGGAGAAGUGGACACAUUUCUGUCAGAGCUUACUCAGAAAUUGCUGGAUUUGGAAUGGCACUCAAAGGGAAAGUACACGUCUCUGGCCUGCCUUGUAGAAUGUGUGGGAACUGAACAGAUACUGUCAGUAGAUCGGACAAUCCCAGCACAAAUCCUAGAUGUCAUGUCAGAUCAGUCCUUUGCUCCCUAUGCAGGCAACCUCUUGGAAGCCAUGUUCGUAAACCACAAACAACAACUUCUGUCAACUAAAGAAAGUUGUUGGGUUGAGCGAUGGCACCAAGUCUGGGUCUCCCCUCUUAUCCUACGUCUCUGUGAAGAACAUGUUACUCAGACCACUUACAUCAUUGAUUAUUACCUGCCUAAGUUGCUCAAGUGCAACCCUGACAGUUUAAACUACAUGAUUGAAAGCCUGCAGUCUUCUGCCUUCACAAAUCGUGGGUCUGGCAAUAACCGUGGUGCUCUUGGGGCCCUUAUGGCGUGUUUGAGGACAGCCCGUGCUCAUGGACACCUCAGAUUUACCGAAAAUUAUGCAUGGAGUGGAAAAGUCUCCACAGGUUUAAUACGUCAAGGCCUUGUUCACAGACACGAUCAGAUACGUAUGGAUGCACUGGGUCUCCUCUGCGAAAGCCAUUGGAGCACUGAAGUGGUUUCACUGGAUGAAAUUAAUUUGGUUCAUUUCUUUCUCAAGUACAAUUUAAACUGUCAGUCCCCCUCCGUGAGGCAGCAAUCGUGUUACCUGAUCAGGAAGCUGUUUUGCAGAGUGCAGGAAAGUUCCCAAGUUCUAUUUAAGCACCAACAGAGCAAGAAUCUAAGAGGCCGUGAAGAUACAGACAAUAUAGCGGAUCCUUGUACAGCCCUCAACAAUUACACAGAAUUCAUGUCAUCUACAACAGAUUAUCUCUUUCAGUCACUUUUUCCCGGUUCGUCACAUCCAACAAGGUUUUCAGCCUUGACUAUUUUAGGAUCCAUUGCUGAGAUAUUUCCGGUUGUAUCAGGCUCUUGUCAGACUGUAUACGAGUUCGCUCGGUCGGUCAGCAGUAACCAUGUCCACGCUCUCCUAGAGUGCUUCAGUAACACCUUUGAGGAAGUGAAACUUCUUGCCUUUGAACUCCUGAGAAAGCUGCCCCCAUCUGUUUUAGGCCUCCAGGAGACUGAGCAGCUCUAUGUGUUAUUACAAGCAGCCAUGAAUCUCAGCACAAGCACAAAGCAUUUUGAUUGUGUAACGGCUUGCUAUUUGCUGAAUUUCUUGAUACAUCAGGAAGGUCUGACGGCUGCAUUAGAUCAAUGGGUACAAGGUGGGCUGAGAGGUCAGCAGUAUCCGACAUUAAACAGUGACAGCACCAGUCUUGUGGAGAGGAAUACCUUUGCUGUUGUCCAGUUACUGAUGGACAGCCUCCAUUAUGAGAUUUUGCAAGCUGAGAAUUCUUUACUGGAAGCUGCAGCCUCGUUCCCAUUGUAUGGCCGGGUACAUUGUAUCAUUGGAGCAUUACGUCACUUCUCAAUGCGUGAUAUCACAAUGGUGGUGGAAUGGAGACAGCUGGUAUCACAGCUGAUCACAAUGUCUUACCGGCUCUCGGCCAUAGUCUCUCCCGUGGUCCACAGUUCAUCCCCGGAAGGACUCAUGCCGAUGGACACAGAGUCCGAAGCUGCAGCUCAGUUGCACAUGAUAAUGAGUGAGAUCAAACCACGGGACACAAAUGAUUACUUCACACAGCCAAGAAUAUUACAGAGAGACUAUGACCUACAUUCCCAGGCCCUCCCAGAAGACUGUGUACCCUCCAAUACCCUGUGUGCAGAAAUGAAAGGUAGCGAGGGCGCAUCCUGCAAUGUAACUGCGCAGAUGGUCCUUGUUUGCUGUUGGCGGAGUUUGAAGGAAGUCUCUUUAUUGUUGGGGUGGCUGUGCCAAAGUCUCCCCUUGCAGCCCCAGCAGGACUGGUCUCGGGGCCUCAUUACCGUGGAACAGGUGAGAGAAAUGGGGGAGUAUUUCAAGCACCACCUCUUGCAGUCCAGGCACAGAGGGGCAUUUGAACUGGCUUAUGUUGGCUUUGUGAAGCUCACAGAAAUGCUGAUUGGAUGCAAGGAGGAGAGCCUGCGCUGCUUACCACGCCAAUGGUUAUGCAACGUCUUGGAGGAAAUUAAGUCUAGCGAUCCGUCUUCUAGGCUCUGUGCAACCAGGCGCAGUGCUGGAAUUCCAUUCUACAUACAGGCUCUGUUGGCAUCUGAACCCAAGAACAGCAAGGCAGGCCUCCUGAAGAUGACUAUGAAGGAAUUAAUAAGCUUGGCCAUGCCUACAAGUGACUUGUGUGGAAAUAACAGCACAAUCCCACAGGUUCACGCUUUAAAUAUUUUGCGAGCUGUUUUUCGAGAUACACACCUGGGUGAAAAUGUCAUUCCUUAUGUCGGCGAGGGGACCCGAGCCGCGAUUCUUGGAUUUACCUCUCCUGUCUGGGCAGUGAGAAAUUCCUCCACACUUCUCUUCAGCACGUUGAUUACACGAAUAUUUGGAGUCAAAAGAGGAAAAGAUGAACGCUCCAAAAAAAAUAGGAUGACCGGGAGAGAAUUCUUCUCAAGAUUCCCCACACUCUACCCCUUUUUCCUAGAACAGUUGGAAGCCUUUGCUAAGACAGUUGACAGUGACACAACGGAAUCGAAGCUUCAUCCCAGCUUGUACCUCCUUCUCCUCAUCCUGAGUAAGCUGUACCCCUCACCCAUGGACGGAACCUAUUCUGCGCUGAGUUUGGCCCCCUUCAUCCCCUACAUCAUGAGAUGUAGGCGCUCGCCAGUUUAUCGCUCUCGGGAGAUGGCGGCACGUGCACUUGUUCCAUUCCUUAUGGUUCAUGACAUUACUCGGACUGCAGUGGAUUUAUUAAGGAGCCUACCAGAUUCCAACAGGCACCCUGUACGGCAGAACCAUGUCCACGGAACGCUUGUACAAGUUUUCUACAUGCUCCAGUCCUUCUUCGAGGCGAAACACACAGCUAAUUCAGAGCGACUUCAGCAGGAGAUGCAUGACAUCACCGUCAGCUUAAAAGCCAAACUUUGGCUGGCCAAGAGGCAAAAUGCGUGCUUGGUAACAAGGGCAGCGUUUAUUGAUAUCCUGGAUGUUAUCACCAAUAACCUUAAGGAUAGAGAUGAUGGGUCCACCUUCUGGGAAGACAUAUGCAGUGUUAUUGAAGACUGUGAAUUGUUAAAGGAAGGACAACACACCCCAGCAGUUCCUGGACUUGUUAUGUAUUUUCAGAGUGUUACCCAUCUUAUUUUAUCAAUGCUAAAUCUGAGACUUCAAGGGCAAGGUUCUAAGACUGUUUGGUGUAACCCUACUAAGGAACUGGAGCCAUCUUGUUUAGUGCAAAGGAUGCUGGGAUCAGAAUUCCAUGAAGUACGUUUACUGGCACUCGAGUCUGUGUUGCAGUGGAUGAAACAGAACUGGGAAGUCACAGACUCAUACUUGUCUACUGAGGUGGAGAAGACUCUAUUUGAAAUGAUAACAAAGGAGACGAAUUUAGAGUGCCUAUGUAAGGUCCUGACAGUCAUGUCUGAAAUGCAUGUUGAAAAGAUACUUUCAAUGGCAAAAUACCAUUUCCAAGUGGAGCCAAAGGACUUGUUGAGAAGGAUUGUAAAUCUUGUGUCUGCAACCGGCCACAGUGUGGAAAUCCAGUGCUCAGCCCUAAAACUCUCCUCUAGAUUGGUCAUCAGCCUGGCAAGCAAGGCCCCAGAGGCCAUUGAGUCAGAGUUGAAGGACUGGGUUAUGCUUCUGGUUCACUGUUGUGAAGAUGAACUCCAGACUGAACUGAAACUGGCAGCUGCUGAGAUCCUAAUUGAUGUUACUCCAUGCUUCCUGACCAAUAAGCUGCCUGUACUAGAUUUAUCUGAUACAUUACGUCUGUGGAUGUGCGUAUUACAGCUGCUACAAAGCGAAGAUACAGAUGUCAGGGAAGUGGCAGCGGAUAUCAUCCAUGUGUAUCACACUCAGAAACAUAAUCUCUCAGGAGCAGGGUUUGCAUAUUGUACUGUCAGUCCACCCAUGGCCUUGGACCUGGCACUCGGGGUCCUGUGUGAGCGUCUGCAGCAAUGGGAUCAAGUUCCAGCUGGUGUCCCCGUCCUUCUGGAAUGGCUGUUAGGAGAGGAUGACCUUAGCAAUGCAGAGACUGUGAAUAUGGUGGAAGACGAUUACCUGUUUGAGAAAGGUGAAGCCAAUUUCUGGGCUGAGAAGCUGGUGCAUAUCAGACUACUCUCUAAACACCUCAACGAGCUGAUGGCCUUCACUCACCCCAGUCUAAUCCAGGACCCGAGGCUGCGUCAGAUGUACCAGACAGCACAUGAGCGGUUGGAGAGAGUACAGCGCCAUAUCUAUAGCUUGCCACCCACUCCGCAGUUCCUGAAGCCUGCCGAGUACACCCAAUUACUGAUCCAUAAAGAAAGGACAUCUAAAUGUAUUCAAAUAUUGGAACUUCUGGUUAAAAAACAUGACUCAUGAUACUGUUUAUAGUAAAGGUAGGCAACGUGUGGUCCUUCAACAGUGAUGUGCUGGUAAUUGUAGUUCCACUGGUUGCUUAAUCCUGUUUUAAAGCAAUAGUUUUUUUUGUGUGCAUCAUUUCUGUUUUAUUGUGAGCAAUUAUUUUACCAGUAUUGAACAAAUAAAAUUGUAUUCUCUUAUCUUUA